GCUCAAAUGAAGAUUUCAAGAGAUCAAAACUGACCAACUGAAAAGCUCUGCUCACUUUCUUCCUCAAUUCAAAGCCUCUACGUGUGUUGUUUCUGUGUGUCCUACUUUUACAGCAAUUUUAAUGUCUACUUCAUCUUUCGAUGCUAAUCUCUUUUAGCGCGUACUUUAGGUUUCGUGUCGACACGUCAAAACACUUCAGAAAACAUUUACCGAUUUUGAGACCAAGAUGGCUUUACAGUUCUGCGAUGCGUUUUGGGGUGCUGACAUAGCCGACCAAUCAGGUUAUGAGGCUAUAUUGCAGAGGUUACAGGAUGGCAGACACAUGUGCAAAGAUGUAGAGGAUCUGUUGAAAAUGAGGUAUGGAAUGGUCCUCUAUAUCUGUGUGUCUCCAUGAAUGUGUUUGACUUCUGCUCUCACCCAUAGAGCAAUGGCGGAGGAGAAGUAUGGAAGAGAGCUGGUGGCCAUUGCUCGGAAGGCAGAGGGUCAAAUCGAGAUUGGUUUCAAAAAAAACAAAAAUGGAAAAGGGCCUGAAGCAAAAGUUUGGGGACCCUGCAUGAACAUUAAAGUCAUCGUUUGACAAGAUGAAAGCAGAGAUUGAGAAGACAGGAAACCUGCACAUCCAACUAUCUGAAAGGAUAAGGGAGGAAGUUCAAAAAGUAGAGGCAUUUCGAGAACACCAGAGGGAACAGAGAAAAAAGCUUGAAGAGAUUAUUGAAAAACUUCAGAAGCCUAAAAUUGUGCUACACAAGAAGACAGUAGAGUCAAAAAGGUUAUAUGAUCAGAGAAGUAAGGAGGCUGAUGAAGCCGAGCAAGCAGUGGGGAAGAAGACAAAUGUGAAUACCUCUACCCAUCGGCAAUCAGAAAAGGUGCUGAACAGGGCCCGAUUAUGCAUGCAAGCAGCCAUCCUGGCAGAAAAGCAGUACAGGUGGAAUGUUGAUCAGCUAGAGAAAACUCGCCAGGACUGGGAGAGCACAUACAGGAGCGCGUGUGAGGUGUUUCAGCAGCAGGAGUCUGAACGCAUUAAUAUCUUGCGCUGUGUGUUAUGGGAUCACUGUAAUCUGCUGUCUAUGCAGUGCAUCAGGGAUGAUGAGUGCUACGAGGAAGUACGGAAGAUUUUAGAGCAGUGUGAGAUCAUCACUGACAACAACUGCUUCAUUGAGAUGAAAAAGACUGGCUGUCGUCCACCAGCUCCCACUGAGUUUCAGUGUUACUGUGACAUGGACACUAAUGGAAGUGUGAUGGAAAUGGAAUCUGUUGUGGCGCCCUCUAGUGGGUGCCCCGAUGCAGACAGUAAGUCGGGUGAAACAUAUACUCCUGCUCAAGAAAUGGGAGGUGUCCCUGAGGAGAAGUACAUGGUGUUAUAUGAUUUUAAGGCACAGGAAGCAGAUGAGCUGUCUGUCAAUAAAGGAGAAGUUGUCACAGUAACUGAGCAAGGCAAGGAUGGGUGGUGGACAGCAUGGAGGAAUGGCAUAUCUGGGCUGGUCCCUGGAACAUACUUGACCAAAAUCUCACUGCAGAGUCACAGUACACAUCUUGCUACUCCUCACUCAGACCAUAAUCCCAUCAACUGGAAUUAAGCAAAUCUGGAUAUGUCUUUAAAAUUAGUUGAGUAGUCAUUACACUAAGUCUAACUAAGAUGAUCUGUUAAGCCUAUACCUAUUGUGCUGUAUGAAACAUAUCAGGUCUUGACAUGCUUGCUUAGGAAAUCUUUAUGAUUACGUGUAUAAUGAAGUUACUGCCACAUGUCACUGUUUUGCAAUUGUUUGUGUAAUCGUUUCUGGGUUAGGGUUGGAGGUGUAUGCCUUUGUGUACUGUCAAGACUUGUUUUAGAAUUAUUAAUGUGUUAUUAUUUUAUGUAUGUACUGUAGAUAUAUAUAUAUAUAUAUAUAUAUAUUUAGUUGUUUUGGUUUUUUUUGGGGGGGUGGAGGGGUCUUCAAGGCUCUUAAUUUAUAGAAUAUAGAGAAGGACAAGAAAGAAAGGGGGAACAGGAUUUGAACCAUAUUGUGGUGAUCUGUUGCAUCCUCCGCUAUAUGUCCAGCGCUCAGGGAUCAGCCUAAAAGAUCUGGGAUUGCACAUGCAAAUUGUGCUUAGCACAGAUUCUGUGGGAGCUUUUGUGCCAUUGCCUGAUCUUGAUAGUUCCUUUAGUGAAUUGGGCGCUAAACCAGUGCAGACAGCACAUGCAAAUAAACACAGCUUGUACCAGGUGCAAUUCAUUAUUAGUGAAUUCCCACUUUAAUGUUGUACAUUUGUUAUUAUGUUGUAAUUUAUAGUAGGCUUUUGUCUUUUUCUAUUUACUAUUUGUUACAUACUAAUGUGUUUUAGUAAGAAAUAUGUGCCCUAUUACACAAAAGCACAAGAACUAGACCAUGCUGACCUUUUUUGUUCAGUACAGUAGUAGUCUAUCCAGUCCAGUUUGUGGAUUAGGUGGACUCCUAGAUGCCUUGUAGACAGUACUGCUACCACAUUAACUCCCUAAAUGAUUACUCUCUGAAGCUCUUAAAAUAUGAAGUAUUUUCUUUUUCAACAAAUGUUUAUUGAAAGGAGUGGCUUAACCUUCAGAAAUGUUGAUUGUCAGGCUCGGCAGGUCAGACUAAAUAUUUGAGUUGUUUUAAUUUUCAUUCAUUUUCUGUGGGGUUUGAAAUGUUUGCAACCCUGUUACCAAAAUUUUGAACUAGUCUAAAUACAGUUUUAAACCCUGAUUUCUGUGAUUUUGUAAUGUACUAGCAAUAAACAUUAAAUAAUGUUUAAAUUAAAAAUUAAAUUGACAAAAUAUAUCAAAUAUAUAUUUUUAAAACUAGAUGCCAGAUUUGGUAUGAAUGAACGCAGUCGACACACCAAUAAUAAAAUAAUAAAAAAACAAUUUAAAUAAAAAAAACAAUUAAUAAAUAAAUUGAAUGAAAUGAAAUAUACAGUA